UCAGCGAUUUUUCACAAAAAAACGCAAAAAGAAAAACACGCAGCAGCAGGUGCAUCUACUCCCAAAUCUCGCCCGAAGAUUUUCCCGGACUUUCCCAUUUUCCCGCAUCUAGUUCAACGUGGGUGGGAAACGGUUUGUAAAACACGCCACAGUACCUGAUAGACAGCACCAGAAAUAGUUAGAAUCGCUCUUGUUCUGCCCUGAUCCGAUCUUUGGUGGCACGCAAACGUCUCGCAGAAGUUUUGGGCUGAAGUGGCCUUUCCUUUGUUUCCUGCGGUUAUGCGGUCUUCGCGUUAAAACGUCGCCGUGUGUGGGAGUUCCUAGUUGCCCAAGUUUUGAAGAAUAAUUGAUGAAUUGUCGCGAAUAGUCGGGGACACUGAAAUAUAUCUGUUGUGCGAUCAACUGUUGUGCACCAUCUGCGGGACUGCUGGUUGUUGCUGAAGAAGGAGCACAUCAACAAACUAAGCGCAAAAGCCUUCAAAUCCAGCUGCACUCGGAUCCGCAAAAGCGGCCCAAUUAUGACGCCCAAGCAACGUAAUGUGGCGAUGAUGGGAUAUCGUUCCGUAGGAAAAUCGUCACUCAGUAUACAAUUCGUAGAAGGGCAGUUUGUUGAUUCGUACGAUCCUACGAUCGAAAACACCUUUACCAAAAAGACGCGCUUCAACCAGACGGACUAUGAAAUACGGUUGGUCGAUACGGCCGGGCAGGAUGAGUACAGCAUUUUUCCCGCCCAGUAUAGCAUGGACUUUCACGGCUACGUCCUGGUGUACUCUAUCACCAGUCAGCGUUCGUUCGAAGUGAUAAAAAUACUUUAUGAAAAGUUGCUCGACAUGAUGGGGAAAGCAUAUGUCCCGGUAGUACUCGUGGGAAAUAAAACUGAUCUGCACCAGGAGCGAGCCGUUCCGACGGAAGAAGGCCGGCAGCUGGCAGAGUCGUGGAAGGCCAAGUUUCUGGAAACUUCCGCCAAGCAAAACGAAUCGGUAAUUGACAUUUUCUCGCUACUGUUGAGUCAAAUCGAACGGGAAAACUGCAAUACAACCGAAAAGAGCAGCUGCAGAAUAUCGUGAACAGUUCUUCGUUGUGCUCUACUUACCCUAUCGCAGGCAGGCGGAGUUCGAUCAGCAACACUUACGAAGGGUGAUAACUUUGUCGUUGUAGCUGAAAGAUAGUAGCGAUUAUAAUUCAACAGUACCGAAACAUGCGUCGUAACGAAUAUCAGACAACGCAUUACCCACCACAGAGGCAAGAGAGAAAGCAUAAGCGAACGGAACACUAGAACAAAGCACCCAACAAGCGCGCCCAUGCACCCAAGCCCGUAGUUCAUGACGGCGUGAUCCUUUCCAUCGAGCACUCAUUCAUCACGCGACUCGAGGCUAGCAGGUGUAAGGUAAGAAGUAAAUUACACAACUGUAAAUGGAAAUGAGGGCAAAAAACAGAUCGUUUCAAAACGAAUCUUAUUCACAAAAACUCAACAGCAAUAGGGUGAAUCGGCAAAGGUAAUAGUAAAUAGCGUAGCAUCGUUUUUCAAAUUGUUCAUGGCAGGCGAGCGAAGAAGAAACAAAGCUAAACAAGAACACGGAACGUUCCGAAACCAUUUCGUGAAAAGCGUUGUUUUCGGAGGUUCCUCCCAGUGGUCCCAGUCCCAGCGUUGCAAAAGGAUGGAGCAGUCCCAGCCAUUAAUGGCAGUGCAGUGAGUCGAGAAUGUAGGCACAAACUAUAUAAAUUAAAGUGGAUGAUAACGAAAAACUAGUGCGUGUAGAAAUCGUAAGACAAGUGAAUUUGACUUGUGGAGUAGAGAGAGGGGCAGCGGCAGUGCAGCAGGAACAGGUAUGCGGGUCUAACACACGGUGAUGACUACAGAUGGUAACAUGAAGUACAGCUUUCGAAACGAAACAAAACAGAUGUAUGGACUGAAGUGAUGGUCUUGGGAAGAUAUUUAAAACAAUUGCAAGAUACAUUAUUUUGUUUCGUUCGACAGGACUGUUGGAUUACGUUCUUUACAUCAUAGUUUUAAGGGAGAUAUCAGUUUUGUUUUUUGUUUUUAUUACAGGAGAUGGCCUAAAUGCUUCCUGAUAUUUUUUUAUUAUUUGCUAAGCGAAAUGGCGAAACCAGCGCUAGCGGCCCAUUUGUAACGAAAACUAAAUUUACUUCAGCCAUGCGUUUCACAAGCUCCACUGUGACCUUAGUGAUCGUGCUCGUACAGUAGAGAGAAUUGAAAGCAAUUGCGAGGGGAGCAGGUAAAAGGGCGUCCGGAAUAGCGUGGUUGGGCGCAUUAUUGGUUCUUUAUUUUACGGCCGAUUGGCUGGAAUACAUGUAGCAUGGCAGUGGAAGGCCAAGCUUAAAGAUUUCCUCCAUUAAUCUUUCCGUGUUCAUUUCAAUCUAUCCGAGAUAUAGAUAUAGAAUGCAGUGUACAGAUUGUGGUCGAUAGUAACAAAAAGCAAGCGUUAAUUUUGACAUUUUUAAGUUAGGAAUAGUUUCUACCGAUUACCUCCUGGAUAUGACCUAGUACACAAGCAAUACUUUGUCAAAUAUUUACUAAGCCGAUAUGUUUCCUCCAACAUUUCACACAUUCAUCCUCUUUAUACAGCUUCAGUUUGAAUUGAGACAGAGAAAAGACGAAAUAUCUAGCUGAAGAUCACUGAAACAAUGGAAAUCUUGGCAAAAUUGAAUUGUACAUUGAAGGAUAGGGCAGCUUGCCUUCGAACUGUUCAAAUAGCAAACAAGAAUACACACGAAAGCGCGCCAUAAGCACACAAGGGGAA